AUGAAAAAGCUGAAGGUCUCGAAGGCCGGAUCAUCAGAUGUGAGGGGUUCUGCUUGGGGGAAAAGGGGGCAAGACCUGGGCACUGCCCAAACACCACAGGAGUUGUCCUUGGAGAUGCCACCUUGUCUUCCAGCAGACUCGUGCGUCAUGGCAGAGCGGGGCAGCUGGAGUCGCUGUGUCAAGCCCUGCCAGGUCUGUUACCGCGUCCGCAAGAGGCAGGUCCUGCCGCAGCCAAGGAAUGGCGUGCCCCUUGACCCCGCUUGGAGGACCGGGCUGGCUGCGUGGCUGGGGCCUGUUCCGGAGAGCUGCCAGCAGGUGAAGGAGCCCCACGCCCAGGGGGUGAGGUCUCUGACCCAGUGCCACAUAAUCCGUGUGACGUGUGAGUGGCCUGCCCAGGACGCCAGGAGCGGGCACGGCUACGGGGUUGGCGCUGAGCCUGGAGGAAAACCUGAGGCCUACACAGGCGCAGGAUCUGGGCAGAAGCUGAAGCACCGUGAGCAGGCCAGCCAGAGAAGCGGGGGUUCCCUCCGUGGCUGGCCUGGAGGAGGGGAGCACGAGCCUCAUCCCAACACAGUGUGGUCCCUGUCAGGGCACUGGGGACGCACAGGCGACCAGCGGCCUCACUACAAUCAUCCAAGACGGGGAGCAGAGAGGAUCGGGGUGUCCUGCUGCCACUUCCCUCCCUGA